CAAAUACUUGUGCAAUUUCUACUAUUUCUACUGCUACUUCUAUUACUAGUUCUACUAAUUAAACUACAAAGCAAAUAUGAAGCAACAAUCUGUCUUCUCAUUUUCAUUUUUCCUCCUCUUCCUCCAUUGCACAAAAACCCUAUCCCAAUCUCUGGCUACGGCUCCAACACCUCUGGUGGCCCCAGUACAAGCUCCGCCUCCACUUCCUCCACCACCUCCACCUGUGGCACAGGUACCAAUAUUACCAGGCCCUAUCGAUGUGGCGAAAAUCCUCCAAAGGGCAGGGCACUAUUCGAUCUUUGUUCGCCUGUUGAAAGAGACGGAUUCAGAGUAUGAGCUAAAGGUAGAGCUUAAUCAUACGCACAAUGGAAUAACAAUCUUUGCUCCAACUGAUAGUGCAUUUUCAGGGCUCAAAACCGGAACCCUAAAUGAUUUAAACGACGGAGGAAAAGUAAAGUUGGUUAAAUUUCAUAUAGCUCCUAUAUAUAUCUCAAAUAUUACUCAGUUUGAAACAGUUAGUAACCCUAUAAAGACACAAGCAGGAAAAGGAGGCAGAUUUUCACUAAAUGUUACUACAACAGGAAAUAUUGUUAAUAUAACUACUGGGGUUACGAAUACGACUAUUUCAGGUAUUGUUUAUAACGAUAACUACCAGCUUGCCAUUUAUCAGAUUGACCAGGUUUUGCAGCCUAUGGAUCUUUUUGCUCCUAAUAAGUUACCUCCUACACCUGCUUCUGCUUCUGCUCCUGCUCCUUUGGUUGUAGCACCGCCGCCGGAGAAGCCUAAGAACAUUACUAUUCCUGCCGUAGAGGCUCCUGAUGUUCCUAUUGAUGAUGUUUCUAGGGCAGUAAGUUUUUGUUUGCAUGGUUACAAUGUUGUGAUUCUUGCAGUCAGCACUACUAUAGUGGCCGCAAUGUUUUAAGGGAUUUAUUAGGUACAUUAUGGGGGUUGGGGUUCCUUUAUGAUUUCGAUAAUGGGUAUUUGUAUUUUGAUUCUUUAUGAAUCGAUCCUAUGAGUGCUUAUGAAUAACAAUUAUCUUCUUUUUUUUUUUUUUCCA